AUUAUAGUAGUGUUUCUAAAGCAAACAGAUCAGUUUUACUAGUUCAGGGCAACACUACAUGAUAUUUUCAUUACUAUAAAACACUUUCAUUUUUUGAUGUUACUGUUCCUGUGAUAUCGUGAAUUCAGCUGCAAGAAACCCAUUAGUCAUAUGUAGACUAUUAUUUGCCUUUAUCUAUGUUUGCAUCAGGACAGGCUGGUUGGUACUAGAAGCCUCAGAAUAAUUCGAUAAUUAAUUAGGUUAAGGUCUGUUUGUCACAAAAACCGAAAUGAUACAACUCCAUGUAAUAUAACUGAAAUCCCAAUAGGCCAAUGAAUGAGCUAGAAAUCUCUUGCUAUAUACAACAGGAACUAAAGAUCUUGUACAUUGUGACUUUUGCUAUUUGUUGGGUGCUGAGCUUCUGGCAGGAAGGGGGGGUCUGGGAGUAUCAGUGGCUUUUAUAGAGCUGGAUUUUCCUCUGAUAAUCAGCAGGAUCAUCAGGAGAUCAUUUACAUAUAAAAGGACAGAAACUUUCCAGCUGGGGAAUUCAUGGAAUUCUAAGGUGUUGGCUCUUGUGCCCCCGAGAACACUGUAACAAUUAUGAUGAACAGAUUACAUCCCCUGCUAGCAUGUUAGUUGGAGCUACCAUUGUAAAAUAAUAAUAAUAAUAAUAAUAAUAAUAAUAAUAAUAUAUUACCUCACCCCUAACCAACUAGGGUUUUGGUUAUUUUGAGCAAGCAGACAAUGAAUUCACAGCAUAAUUGGAUAGUGAAAUGAUUAUAUAUUGAAUAGUAAAUCAAGGGACUGGUAUGACAAUUAAACAACUACAAUUAGAUUAAAACAAUAUUUACAGUUACAAACAUGAUACAUCUAUAUAAGUGUUAUCAAAAGGGCAGGGGCAUGGCUUCCAGGGGCAUAAUUACAGAGGAAGCAGACCCUCGUGGGGCCCAGGAGGUAUAGGGGCCCCAUGAAGCCCUAAUUUAUAUACAGUUUCAAUAAAUAUGCGUAAAACUAGUCAACCUCUAAACUUUUUGGGGGCCUUAAAAAUAAUUUGCUGUGGGGCCCAGUAAUAUCUAGGCCCCAAUAUCUAGAUAUCUAAUAUCUAGUUACACCACUGAUGGCUUCCCUCUGGUCUGCAGUCCUUACAUUCUGUCUUGUCACAGGCCCCUCUUCUCCCAGACUGCUCUCUUCUCCAGGCUCUCUCCCCAGCACUCCCCAGUGUACUUUUUUAUCCUGGUUUUAAGCAUCUGCCCUACAGCUGACCUAACAAAUGAUAAGAUGGAGGAGUUAAACUUGCCCAAAUCCUGUUAAAUGGGUAUAGUACAGUAAUUAGAUAUAUGGUCCCCACAGCAGACAUAGGACUUACUAAUCACAGGCAACUCUUUGUUCAGAUAAUUGAGGUUUCCUGGACAACUGCUUUCACAUUAAUACCUACUGUCAAAGCCAAGAUGCCCAUUUCUUACACCAUGACAUUUCCCAUAGUGCCAUUAAAUGGGAUUACUUUACCUGCCAUAGUCCAACAGACCCAAAGCAAAUACUUAAAUCUUGUGUUAUAAUAUCACCUAAGGCCUGUGACCUUGUGUCCCCUGCCAACCUGAGCUACACAUUUUUCUACAGUACUGCAACUCAUUGGAACUGCCACAACUAUAUAAUAAACAGUAUAAUGAAAUUUCUGUAAUGACAGCAGUCGUACACUGCUUUAUGGCAGAGAUUCUAGCUAUCUUUACAACAAAGAAUUCUGACGUGAACAGAAUGGCAAUUUUUUUCUAAUAGUUUUAACGUGAUAUAUAUAGAUAUACACACACGCACACACACAUACAGAGAUAUGCAUAUUGUUAUAUAAAAUAUAUACAGACAUUCUGUGCUAUAAAUAUAUAGAGGAAUCCAUCCAGAACCUGCCAGACCAGAAUCUUAAUAUAUAUGAAAUUAUAGAAGGAUCUAAAUGAAAGAAGAGUGUGUUUGUAUGUGGGGAAUUAGGUUUCACGUCAAUUUUUCUACAAACUGUGGCCCACCAGCUUCCCCUUUUCUAUAAACAUGUUUAUUGGUGAAUAAGGGGUGGCGUCUCCCCAUAAUUAUAAUCUGAUUAAAUGUGAUACCUAUCAUAUAAUGACAUCAUUUAAAGGUUUGUUGAUCCCUCCCACUGCCCCAGUGCAUACGGCAAUAGGCUUCACCAGAUGACAAACUAUACAUUGUAAAUGUAUAUAGGUUGGAUUCCUCCUGCUUGUUUGCCAAAAAGGAAAACGGGUUGGACAACAUUCAGAGCUUGACUGAUUCACCCAGGUCCUGGCAUGGCAAUGUAGGAUGAAUAAUGAGAAUGCCAUUGUUAUAUAGCUUAUUCCACCCUGCUGUCUCUCACUAUUGCUUGGCUUCCUGACCAUGACACAGCCGGAGAGAACCAAGGGAUCCUCUUAGCAAACACCAAAGGACAAGCCUCUGCAAUGUCUAGCGAGGAAGGUGGCAAGGAGACCCCCCUGCCUAACGAGUGCCCUGUGUGCUAUGAGCAGUUUCAGGUCCCCAACACUUCAGAGAGGAGGCUGAGCUGCAGCCAUUCAUUCUGCCACGACUGCCUAGUGAAAUAUUUACUAACGGCCAAGCAGGAAGGUUCUGUCAAGAAGAACAUCAUCUGCCCCCUGUGCCGCUACGUGACCUUCCUCAGCAAGAGGGGAAUCAUUUUACCUCCUAAAUCAGGGGAGCUCCAUCAGAUUUUGGAAGUGCCAAUCUCCCCCUCCUGCCAGAGACACUGUAAGAGCACCAGGACCCCCAACACGGUGGUGAUCCCCAUCUCUGAAACCGAAGAAACAGCAGAGGAACCUGAACUCCCAGCAUGCACAUGUCACACUGCCAUUAGCCUAGAAGGCCUCGGUGACUCUUUUGGAUCUCAGGUUUUUAUCAUCAGCGACCAAGGACAGCCUCUGGCAUGUGAGGCGGUGGCCCCUGCUCAGUCGACAACGUUGCACCCCAGUGACAAUAUCUGCCACUCUCCAGUACUUAUUGUCAUUCUCCUAUUGAUAUUCCUAGUGGCUGUUUUAGCAGCCGUCUUGCCAUGGAUUUUGUUGUCCAAAAAGGUCUGAUGGAAUGUUCUUUCCCAGAUCUGGCUGUGCCCUGCACCUUGUGCCACAUGUAUGAUCCAGUGCGCUGCACAGAACAAAGUGUCAGCGAAGCCACUGCCCUCCUGGCAGGCGGGAAAUAUAAAUAUAGGGCCCUGUUAUCCACCUUUAUGCAAACUAGGGGUUGGGAGAGGGGACUCCUACCUACCCUCGCCCCCACCUUCCUGUCCCUCAUAAAUACAGUACGGGCAAAUGCAGGCAGCAUUAACUGUGGCUGCAGAUCUCUAUGCUCAGAAACAGAAGGGAGCAAAGUGCCAAAAUGUGGUCAUAAUUAACAACUAUAAUUUUCCCCAACCUGUAGCGUUACCAACAUCACCUUGUCUUACUAUACACACAGCAAGAAUCAGUAUGGCAGCUCCACAACAUGAGUUCUGUUUAACUCUUUCCAAACUGUGAAAUGUAAAGACAUUUAUUUUAUACCUUUAUUUUUGUAAUAUGGAGGGGAAGGUACUUUCUGUUCUGAAAGAAAUGAAAGUAAAGUAAAUUGUAAAAGUA